AUGGCGAUAUCCAAGGCCGCUCGCUGGAUAUCCUUCGCUGUCCCAGCCCAGCAACAGCCAUCUCCGACCGUUGCGUCCCCGAAAGCAACUCAACAAUUCCCUGUCUCCUCCCUCGCAGACGGCAAGCAGUUCGGACUGGAGAACUUUGGGAAUACAUGCUAUGCCAACUCCGUCCUGCAAGCCCUCUAUUUCUGCGCUCCCUUUCGGGACCUCAUCAUCCAAUCUACGGACUCUUCAUCACCCACAAACCUCUCCUCACCCACCUCCCUCGGCUUCUCCAUCCCCCCAUCACCACCUACUUUAUUCUCCGCACUCCGGUCAUUAUUCGUUUUCAUCUCCAAGAACCCGAUGGACAGGGGCACCGUCUCUCCCCGCGCAUUCAUCGACAAGCUCAAGGAGGUCAAUGAGCUGUUCCGGAGUACUAUGCAUCAGGACGCGCACGAGUUCCUCAACUAUCUGCUGAAUAAGAUCGUAGAGGAGGUCGGAGUUGAUGAGCAUCACAAGGACAAGGAUGGUGAGGGUGAAGACCUUCGCACAGGCUCAUCUCAAGACGAUACUACCCUCGUUCAUCGGCUAUUCGAAGGAGUGCUGACGUCGGAGACUCGUUGCCUUACUUGUGAAACGGUUUCCUCGCGCGACGAAUCCUUCCUCGACCUCUCGAUCGAUAUCGAACAGAACUCGAGCGUGACGGCAUGCUUGAGGCAGUUUAGCGCGAGCGAGAUGUUGUGUCAGAAGAACAAGUUCUUUUGCGAUAGUUGUUGUGGGCUUCAGGAGGCGGAGAAACGGAUGAAGAUCAAGAAACUCCCGAACGUCCUUGCAUUGCACCUCAAGCGGUUUAAAUACCAAGACGACGUACAGAAGUACAUCAAGCUCGCGUAUCGUGUGGCUUUCCCCCUUGAACUUCGACUGUUCAACACCGUUGACGACGCUCAAGACCCAGAUCGGCUGUACGAGCUGUUCGCUAUCGUUGUGCAUAUCGGAAACGGUCCGCAUCACGGCCACUACAUCACCAUAGUCAAAGGUCCUACCUCUUGGCUCGUCUUCGACGACGACAAAAUAGGGCCCAUCAAAGAAUCCGACAUCCCCAAAUACUUCGGUGACUCUCCUUCCGGCUCAGCCUACGUCCUCUACUACCAAGCCGUCGAC